AUGCUCGAUCAGCUCCCCAUAGAGAUUAUCGAGAGGGUAGCGGCCUUUUUAGGUCAGAAUGAUCGAGUGGCAGUUAUAUAUGUUUGUCGAAUGUUGCGGCAGAAAAUGGUCCCAUUGCUUUACCGAAACCUUUACUUGAACGAGCGGAGCUAUUGCCCAAGCGAUGUUGCUCCAAUGCUGGGCAACAAUUGGUCUGCACUCAAUUUUUCAAUGGAACAUGCAGAUAAAGCGGAUCAAAAGUUUGCAGCGCUUGUUCGAACAUUGCAAAACUCGCCUUAUCUAUGUUCACUAGUCCAAAGAGUACAUUGCACAUGGCACUUAGAUCCAGCCAUACUACACAAACUUAUCGGUGUCUUGAAGGAAAGGGCCCCGAAUUUGACGGAGUUCGAAAACUUUCUCCAAUUGGAUGUAAGUAAAAGGAUUUCCAAGUUUUCUAAGCGAUUGAUGUCGAUGGACCUUCCUCCGCCGGCAGUAUUACCGAGCGAAAAAGUACGAACAACAUACUUAGAGGACUUGUCGAAGCUAACAAAAUCGCACUGUUUUCAAAAUAUUACUUCUUUAACGAUAUAUGUCGACGCAACAUUUUUCUUCCCCAAUUAUUGUCCGUUGAGUGACAAAUUGCGUAUUCGCGAUCUCUGCCUCAGUCUGAGAGGCGAUGUGUUCGAACCAGAUGCUUUCCCCUCUGGCAGGGUUUCAUAUGCAGACAUUUUCGACACAAAUGCAUUACAAAAACUGACAAUCCUCUCAUGGUAUGAAACUUCUGAAGUCGACGUUUACGAGGUUUUUCAUAUAUUCGAGCUUCUCGAGUUUGUUCAUAUUCGGGAGUUGAGUUUGAUGUCGCUUUUUGCAAAUGAUGGUUUUUUAAAAGAGUGUUUAAAACGCUUCCACAAUCUCACAAAAUUGAAGCUGGAUUACAUGCUAGAUUAUCCGGUUCCUAAAAGCAUUAUAGAGUUGUUGUCAUGUUCUCCGGCCAGAGUUUCUCUUCGAUAUUUGGAUUUACGUUUUGAAGAAUUAGAUCCGCCACUCAUAACCAUCGAUCAAGAUGAAGUAUCUCUAUUUGAAGUUAAUCAAACUUGUAAAUGUGAUUUUUGCAAACAUGUUUUUGAAAACAUCUUAUUUCGAAAAUAUUUUCCCACACAAUCAUCGUUGGCAAUCAAAAAUUUUGAUGAUGUCAAUGCAAGACAUGUCUUGGUCCAGUUACUUAGACUCUAUCCAAUAAUUCCUUAUGCGCAUUUCGUUGAUACGUAUCCACCCGUUGCCUAUCGAGCGAGGCCAUUGAAGGAUUUGGUGAAAAAAUCUAAUGAGCUCCUGAAUAAAGAUUCAUUAUUUUACGAUUACCAGAAGGACGAUGACGCGGUAACGGAGGAAGACAUGAUUAGCAUUUAUCAUGCACAUAUUCAUUCACUGCGACGUACCUAUGACUAUUUUUUGCAGCGGCUCCCAAAUCUUGAAUAUUUGAACAUUAAUGAAGUUCCUACCAUGGUGGUAGAUUUUGCCGGUGACCAAAAAUGUAAUAUCCCGAUAUUUUACAGUGAAAACUAUCGAAGCAAUCAAGUUUACGAAAUAGUUGACGCAGAGGAAUUAUUUAGUUAG